AUGCGCCGCAUUCGAAGCGGUCGCUGGUUGGACGUUGCCACCAUCGGCGCAAGUGGAUAUGCCGUUCUAGAGAGCGCUUGUCUCAAAUACCUAGUGGAAGGGUUGCCAAAUCCAAACAAGCAAUACCCUCAAUUAUGGGCCUUUCUGGGCUCUGCACAGAAGAAAGAACACCUGCGCGAUCUAUUCCCAGGCAGCGCUUUGACGCGAGCGGAUUCAGGUACCAUUCGACUACGAAGCGACGAAGCUACUGCAGCCAGUGACACACCAAUUCUCUUCGCCGAUGGUGAUCCAUGGAACGCUUCCGUUUUACCUGGCUCAACUCUCAGCAGGGGAGACCGGCGUUACGAUUUUGAAUACCAUGUAGGCGGUCCCACAGAUGUCAUUCACGGCUUGUAUUCGAGGGUACUAUUCUUAUUCGCCGAUGUCGUUUGUAUUUUUGCCGAGGAUGUCCCGAGGGGCACAGAUCUCACAGCGCUCACAAAGCAUUGUUCAGCUGAUGGCCUGCCACUUUGUGCUCGUCCCCACCUAAUUAUUGUUACAUGUGGAUCUUGCCCUACGUGGUGCGCUACAGGUGGUUCCGCACUGCGUUCCGAAGCGUUCUCCGCUGUCACUAUUUUGCCGAGCGAAAGCACUCAGGGCAAUCUCAAGGAACUGUUAGCGAACCGCUCGCGAGAGCUGCAGGGUUUUCUCCGAUCAGCGAUAGCGUGCUUGGCGACGACCCACAAUUAUACGUACAACUUUGUUCGUGCGUCUCGCACACAGGGCAUACCAGUAGACAUUGGAGAUAGCAUUAGUGAUUUUUAUCGAAGGUGUAUGGACGUAAAGCUUCCUGAUUUGGAUGCUGCUCGCUUCAUCGCCUCUGCUCUGAUGAUGGAUCACUACUCACCGGAGAUGCCGUUGAUGGAUCCAAGGCUAGUGUUCCAGACUUUAUAUCGCCCUACGAUACUUGCCACGGAUCCUUUCCCACCGCAUACUCUAGUCGACAUGAUUGAGUCUGAAAUGGCCGCUGAGCUUCCUCGUCUUGGUACUUCUACUUCGCUGGACCGACGGAAAAAAUUGAUGACGGCCCAAAAGGGUCUAUACUCGGCAUUAAAGUCCAACCGCAUAUGUCUCUAUUGUCUGGUCCAGGUGGCACAGCAUUUCCCGCCAUGUGAUCAUGCGCUGUGUGAUCUUUGCGCCCAGAGAUUUGGAAGCGUCUCGGUCAACACGGAAUACCAGUUUACGCUGGACCAAUGUUACUUCUGUUGCGAUAGCACUUCGAUGAUUAUCGACGUCCUGCCUCCCACCAUGGACCCCAGUAUACUGGCCAUUGACGGAGGGGGUGUUCGGGGGAUGAUGCCUAUUCAAUGGCUGAUUCUCAUCCAGGAAUAUCUGGAUGAAUGUCCCCUUCAAGACGUGUUCGAUUUGGACGUGAGCACUAGCUCCGGUGGUUUAACGGAUUUCGGCCUCCGAGUUUUGAAAUUGCCCAUUCAAAAGUGUGCAGUGAUCUUCAAUCGCCUCGCCCGAUGUUUGUUUGAAAAGCGCCGGCGUCCCGCUUUUCCAUGGUUACCUUCAUUUAUUCUGGGCCGCCCUCGCCAAUGGUACUCCUGGUGGCGACAUGAUAGCUGCUAUGACGGUUUAGUCUUCGAUGAUAUCCUACAACAACUAUAUGGCAAGCAAACUCUACUUCAUAGCCACUGCUGUGAUUCAUCCGGAUCCAUUAAGUCUGGACCAAAGUUUGGAGUAGUGGCAACAAGCAUCGGAACAAAAACGGAGACGGUGAUGCUGGGAAAUUUCAAUGCUGCUACUGGCACAUCUGAGGACUGCGGCUAUCGACUCAUUCGACCUAAGAAUAUUAACCAUGAGCUUGAAGUAUGGAAAGCGGGUCGCGCAACUGCCGCGGUGCCUGGCAUGUUUUCUCCAGUCGACACCCCAGCGGGUACUUUCCAAGAUGGAGGUUUGACGGACAAUUUUGCUGGAGGGAUCGCUCGUCGCGCAAGUCGAACCAUCUGGCCAAACUGUCGCGAGCCGGCAAGGUUGCUUUCUUUAGGUACAGGUAGUCGUCCACUGUCGGCCAAUGACGGCUUCCCUCACUUCCGAAAUUCGAUUGUCGACGGAUUUUUCCGUCGCGCUCUCAACGCCUGGAUGUCGUCUUUGGAUGGGGAAACCAAAUGGCGCGAGAUGAAGAGCCAACUGGACGAGUCAAUCGCCGGAAAUUUUCGCCGUCUAAAUGUGCCUUUGGAAGAAACGUCGUCCGCAUUGGAUGAUCCUGCGAUGAUGGACCAUUAUCGGGACCUGGUCAUACGCCACCCUGGAAGCGCACGUAUGGCAAAGGAAGCUACUGUGGAUUUGAUUACGGCGCGUUUCUUUUUCGAACUCGACUCGGUCCCCCAACUCCACUAUGUUCCGUUCUGGUGUCAUGGAGCGAUUCGGUGCAAGGGACAAGUCGGUCCACUUCUGGCGGCGCUGCAGCAGCUAGUCCCGGAUCCACUUGAGUUCGGAAAUGGAUUCACUGUUGAAAGACUCAACGUAGAGGAUCUCGAGCGGACUUACGGCCGGACUACUGCCGCAUCUCGCGGAAAUCACAUCAGCUCCGAACUCGACGUGGAAGACUCCGCGGAUGAUCUGAAUACGAAAUAUUCAACAGAUGGAACUGAUCUGGAGGAUCUCACGGAAGAGAACAACAUCUGGGAUAUUGUCGUCCCUGAACCACCUACCUAA